AAAGAAAAAAAGAAAUGUUAUAGUUCCCCCUCUGGUUUGACGCCGAAUGGCAGAUUUGAACCGCCUUUAUCUCCCCAUUAUAUUCCUCCACCUGCAGCUGCAACACCCUUCUCUCUCUCUCUCUCUCUAUACUUUCUCUCUCUACUGUCAUCUACUUUCUCUCUCUACUGUUUACUCAACCCCAUUUUACCUCUCUUCUCACCAUUCCUUUUUACUUGCUUGCGAUUGCUGUUUCGCUAGCUGUUUCUUCCUUCGAGUAAAUUUCCCCUGCUUCAUCAAUCUUUUGCAUGUGCUCUCUCUUCUUCUUCUUCUUCUUCACACUUCAAAAUUCUUAUUCCAAUAAUACCCUUCAUUGUCAGAGAAUUCAUCCUUCAUUCAAAACCCCCAAAUUUCUUAAAUUAAAUGGAUUCUACUGCACAUUUACUUGAUAAUGAGGAUUAGGUUUUGAUUUUUGGUUGAAGAUUUGCAGAAGUACUAUUUGGGGGUUUAAUUAAUUGAUUAAUUAAUUAAUUAAUUAAUUAUCUCUGUAUACUGUGUUCAAUGGCGCCGGAAAACAACUGGCUAUCGUUUUCUCUCUCUUCAAUGGAGAUGCUGAACUCUUCGCCUUCGUCUUCUUCACAGACUCACGAGCAGGCCGCCGCCCACCAUUACUACUCCUUCGCCGAUAACUUCUAUGCCACUACCGGUUGGCCAAACCAGAAAGCUGAAGAAGCGAUGUACGCAGAAGCAGAGAACCACCACCACCACCAAGCGAAGGAGCACAACGACGACGCGUCCAUUAUUUUCAACACGUACAUGCACGCGCCGCCGAAGCUGGAGGAUUUUUUCGCCGACUCGACUGAGACUCAGGACUCGUCCUUGACUCACAUUUACGACCACCACCACCAACACCAGGGAAUCGCGUCCGGAGGAGGCGGCGCCGCCUACUUCGGCAACGGCGAGCAGCAAGAUCUGAAGACCGUGGUUGGGUUCCAAGCGUUCUCGGCCAACUCGGGCUCAGAGGUGGACGACUCGGCGUUCGCCGCCCAGACUCGGUCGCCGGUUGAGUCCGCCGCCGAGUUGGUGCCCUACUCCCAUUGUUACCCCAUUACCGAUAAUAAUAAUAAUAAUACUGCUAAUAAUAACAAUAACAAUAGUUUGUGUGUUGAAGUAAACGGUAACAACAACAAAACCACCGCCAUUGUUGCUGCUGAUAGGCAGAGCGGCAAGAAAAUUAGUGACACGUUUGGUCAAAGAACUUCAAUUUACAGAGGCGUCACUAGGCACAGAUGGACAGGGAGAUAUGAAGCGCAUCUAUGGGAUAACAGCUGUAGAAGAGAGGGCCAAGCAAGAAAAGGCCGUCAAGUGUACUUAGGUGGGUAUGACAAGGAAGAAAGGGCUGCACAUGCGUACGAUUUAGCUGCUCUCAAGUACUGGGGUUCGACCGCUACCACCAACUUUCCGAUGUCCAGUUACUCGAAAGAAGUGGAUGAGAUGCAGAAUAUGACUAAACAAGAGUUCAUUGCAUCAAUUAGAAGGAAAAGUAGCGGUUUCUCAAGGGGAGCCUCGAUUUAUAGGGGUGUUACAAGGCAUCAUCAACAAGGUCGAUGGCAAGCAAGGAUUGGUCGUGUUGCCGGGAAUAAAGAUCUUUACCUUGGAACAUUUGCAACUGAGGAGGAAGCAGCAGAGGCGUACGACAUUGCUGCGAUAAAGUUCAGAGGAAUAAACGCUGUCACCAAUUUCGAGAUGAACCGUUACGAUGUUGAAGCCAUAGCCAAUAGCGCUCUGCCAAUUGGCGGCAACUCCGCAAAACGCCUCAAAGUUGAAGAAAAGCUACCCCUCACCAUCACCGCCGCCACCACCACCACCACCACUCCCGCCCCCUUCCAAUCUCCGUACACGAGCAAUAACAUUAAUUUCGCAGCGGGGCCCAUGAUCCCGUACGGAGUCCCGUACGACAACUCAGCGCCGUUCUACCAUCACAACCUCUUCCACCAAUACUGCAGCAACCCCGCCGCCACCGCCACCACCGGUGCUCCGGCGAGUCUGUUGACAUCAUCGUCGUCAUCGUCACAGUCGCCGGGGGAGUUCUUCAUUUGGCCUCAUCAGUCAUAUUGAAUAUGAAAUAAAUUAAGUAACCUUUUUAGCGUUUAGCUAAUUACCUACUCUACUUAGGCAGUGCUAGUCUUCUACUAAUAUGAUUAACCGAUAUUUUGUUGCGUUUUUUUGCGGUAUUUUGCUGUAAAACUGACCUUCGUAUGACCCGAUAAGGUUAGGUUUAGGGUUGGGGUUUAGAUUCUAGGUAGAAGAAGCUCGAAUAUGCUGUAAGUAGGCUCUCUGUUUUAAUUCUCUUGAAUAGGUCUAAUAUUUACAUGUAUGCUGAAUGAUAUACGGGGGCGGUUUUCGGUUAUGGAUUAAUUUUCGACUCGUUUUCCAUUUCCGAGAAGCUGCUCCUGUUAUCAAUCAAUUUUGCUUAAUUUAGCAUAUAUCUAAAAAAAGAAGAAUCUUACAACAAUAGAAAUAUCCUUACAAAAUGUUCCAAAUGGUUUUUGUUGCAACGGUGUCACUUGUUAUUUUUUCUUUUCUAGUCAUUGUGCUGAUGCUUAUGUUAAUGAUCAAAUCACCAAAAACCAC